AUGGAGAAACUUGAAGACAGCCCUGCAGAAGCCGCGGCAAGUCCUUGGGAUUCAUCCUCGUCGCAGUAUCCGUUAGGGGCCUACUGCUCUGUACACCUUUGCAAUCGUACACUUUUGUGUUGUGUUGCUACGGUAUUAACGUAUUUCUGUGCCACUGACAGCCAGUCUCAUGAGGGGAUGAAGGAAAGCCACCGCUGGUCACGCCACUCUGUAAGGUUAGGGGCGAUCGAGAUCGCCAAGCAUCGACCUUACCCUUUUGCUUCCUUUGGCAAGAGACUUGAGUUCGCCAGUCCGGUGCUGCGCAGCCGCCCUGCCAUAUCAUGGGUCCCCGGCUGCACACCUGUUUUUCCCCCAUUGGCUCUUUCCAUCGACGCUGCAUCGUACACUUUUGUUUGA